AUGACCAACGCCCAGGUUGUCCGUCUACAACACCGCCAACCACGUCACAAUCACCACCAUCUCCUCGUCGCCCUCCAAGGCCCUCCGCCCCCAUCUGAGCCCGAUUUCGGCCUCGACUCCCUUCCCGGCCUGCUGUUCACCUUGGCCGGCACCCCGCUGUACCUGUACGCGGCGCUCGGGGGCAAGUUCAAGGCAUGGCACGACGUCCUCGACGACGUCCCCACGCCGCUCCUCCUCGGGGCCCACGGCGGCCGCGGCAUAAAGGACGUUCGUGUUUCGCUUUUGGGCGUCGGCAUCAUGUACGGGAUUCUGCCGUGUCAGUUGUUGACUGCCACGAAGCCUCACUGA